AUGGCCUCUUCAUCCAUGUGCGGUCCCUCAAACCCGCUGCAGUCCCUCAAAAACCAUGCCGCCUCCGACCGCUCCCUCCAACAGGACCGCUUCCGCUCUGCUUCACCAGCAUCCAACCAGUUCCGACAGCAGUCCCAUCUAAACCCACACCAACAACAUCACGAUGAGUUUGAACAGUUUCUCAGUUCCUCCCCGGCUGGUCCUUCUCAGACAGCCCUUCGAUCCCGUCCUUCUCUUCAGAACUUCUCUAUUGCUCCUCCAUCUCCUGCUGCCCUCCAUCAACCGGCAUGGGCCGCUGACUUUCAGCGACUUCAACUUUCCACACCCCCUCCAUCCUUACAGAUUCACAACAAACCAGCUGUCACGGGAUGGGGAGCCGAAUUCCUGUCCCAACUAAGCACUCCACCUGCUCAGCAGUCCAUCUCUCAACAAAAUGCACCGGUUGCCGGUAGUGGCUUCAUGCCUAUGAACGGCAUAAACGCCAGCUACUUACCCAUGGCGACAUCUUCUUAUGAACCUCUACAAUCCAACCAUGUUGACACCAAAACAUCCUACACCGAUGCCGAAUUCGAUCAGAUGUUCGAAGAAGCUGCAACAUUACAUUCCGAUGUCGUUGAUUUCCCCCAGAGAGAAGCCCCAAAUCCUCUUCUUCUACAAAACACAAAUCCCAUCUUACAAUCAGAAGAUGUCAAGGAGGAUGUAAAGGAAGAACAGGAUCAAUCUCGUGCUGAUGCAGAUGAGCUCGCCAGAACAGCUGGACAACUGGUCGAUACUCUAAGCCAAGACACCAGUCGUAAGUUCCAGGAAAGCCAGUUCGUAGCUUUGAUGCGCAAGUUGAGAGAUAAGACCGUCAAAGUUGAGGAUGGGAAAAUGGUUGAGGUAUAA